AUGGGACAGUCGGCCAACAGCUAUCUCACCCUUCUAGUCCUCCUGCUCUCCCUCGGCUGCGCUCAGAGGUCAGACACCGACAGGAAGAGGUGUGGUUACUGUGACCUGCAACUCUCCUGUGACUGCUCCUAUGGUGGAUUCAUCCACGUUCCUUUGGUACCAGAACGAGCCUUGACUCUAGAUCUUUCCUUCAAUAACAUCACGGAGGUGUGGGCUGAUGAUCUGAGCGGCCACAUGUCACUGAGGGCUCUGAGUCUUCAUGGUAACAGACUAGCUGUGAUCCAUCCGUCAGCGUUUGAUUCUCUUUGGAGCCUGGAGAAGCUCGAUCUGUCCGACAAUCGACUGACAGAUAUCAACCACAAAUGGUUCACCAAGCUAGGAGCUCUGCAGCAGCUCAACCUGCUCGACAACCCGUACAGCUGCCUGGGGUCUCCUCCGGUAUUCCAGAGCCUGGUCAGGCUGAGGAGGCUGGACUUUGGAGGUCCUGCUCUGGUGGAACUGAAGAGAGGAGAUCUGUCAGGGGUCACAGAGCUUGAGGAGCUCACUAUACACGCCAACAACCUUGAAAGGUACGAGUCUGGGGCUCUAGCAGCGAUGUGGCCACUAGGUCGUGUCACUUUGAGUCUCCAUGAACCAUUUCUAACCAACACAGCCUUAGCUUCAGCUGUGCUCGCUGAUGUAUCGUAUCCAAACACACCUCUUGUUCUGGAGGACCUCCAUCUGGUUGGGAAUGAUUCCGUGCAGUCCUUCAAAGAGACAGCCAAGAGGAGGAUCAGGAGCCUUACUCUCCGAAACCUGAACAUGUCAGAUGAUGCCGUAGUUGACUUACUAGUUGUGAUGGAUGGCGUGCCGCUAACCUUUCUUUCAAUGGAGGACCUCACACUGACAGGCGAGGGCAGGUGGGAGCGAGCCAGUUGGACAGACCAUAGAGGCAUCGACGAGUUCUUUGUACAAAACCUUUUGGUGCUGGAUGUCUUCAAGUUUGUCUCGUUGUUGCAGCACCGGUUUCUGCUGCACUACCCAAGGAAGGUGUCUGUCAUACAUUCUCAGGUAUUUGUGAUACCCUGCCUCACGGCCCGCCUGCUUGUGAACAUGCAGUACCUGGACCUGUCUAACAACCUUCUUACUGACCUAACUGUGACGGAGAUGCUAUGCAAUGGGGAUGGCACCCUCAAGGACCUGCGAGUUUUAAACAUCAGUGGAAACAGUCUGAAGUCUGUGUCCACGAUAAGCCGACUGGUAGCUAAGCUCUCCAAACUGACCCACCUUGACAUCAGCAGGAACGGAUACAGCUCCAUGCCCCAGGACUGCUCCUGGCCCCGCACCCUGCGGCACCUUAACAUCUCUGGGGCUAAACUUACAACCAUCACCAGCUGUCUCCCCACAACUCUGGAGGUGUUAGAUCUGAGCAACAAUGGUCUCAAAAGCUUCUUUCUGUUCCUACCUGCCCUGAGGGAGCUCCAUCUGUCUGGGAACAAGUUUCUGAGUCUGCCCCAAGGAUGGCAGUUCCCUAAUCUGCAAAUACUGACAAUACAGUCAAACACCCUGAACAUGUUUGGGAAUUCAGACCUGCAGUCUUACAGACGCCUCCAAAGCCUCCAGGCGGGUCAGAACAAAUUUGUCUGCUCCUGUGACUUUGUAGACUUCCUUCAGUCUGAUUUUAAAGGAGCUGGAGAUGUUCAUAUAACAGAUAGGACGGAGAGCUACAUCUGCGACUCUCCUCUGUACCUGCAGGGGGAACCAGUUGGUCAAGUCAGCCUCUCCAUUAUUGAGUGCCAUCAAGUUUUGUUUGUGUCUGUGAGCUGUGGUGUGGCGCUGUGUGUUGCCCUUCUGUUGUGUAUCCUGCUCUGGCGCCUCCAUGCGUUCUGGUACCUCAAGAUGACUUGGGCGUGGAUUAAGGCCAAGCGUAGCUCUAAAAGGCGGCGAAAAAGAGAUAGAACGGGUGCUGAAGCAUUGCUGUCGUUUGAUGCCUUUGUGUCCUACAGUGAGAGGGAUGCUAGCUGGGUGGAAAACUUCUUGGUACCUGAACUGGAGGAACCAAGAGAGAAUGCUGAAGACUCCUCAAAUCCCAGAAGCCCCCGGUCUCUGACCCUGUGCCUCCACAAGCGGGACUUUCUCCCGGGGUAUUGGAUUAUGGACAACAUCAUGAGUGCAAUGGAGCGCAGCCGGCGGACCAUCUUCAUCCUUUCUCAGAACUUUGUCGAGUCAGACUGGUGCCGCUACGAGCUGGACUUCUCCCACUUCUGGCUCUUUGAUGGGAACGCUGGCGGAGAGGCGGCCAUCUUGAUCCUGUUGGAACCACUGUCCAAGGACGACAUCCCCAAACGCUUCUGCAAACUACGUAAACUCAUGAGCUCCACCACCUACCUGGAGUGGCCUCAGGAGGAGGAGAGGAGUGGGGAGUUCUGGAAGAAUCUACGCGAGGCUUUAAGAGUGGAAGAUGACUGAGAGGAAAGAGAACAUGAUGAGGGAGAGAGGGAGCACAAGAGGUCACACGAGACAAUCAAGACGUUAAGUACGAGUGGAAAAUUAAACCAGUUACAAAACAAGAAUGAAGUGUUGUUAGGAAAAUGAAAUGGACGUUUUCCCUCUCGUGUAAAAAGUAGAGCUACGAGCAUAAAAAUAUUCUUCUAAUGCAAUCUGAUCAAUAUUUCCUUGUUUAAAUCACAGCGUUUAUAUUAAUGACCUCACGAGGAGAAACUGCAAACAGCUGGGACUAUUCUUUGUAUUCAUGGCCUCAGCUUCGCAUCAGAUUAGUGUCAUUUGUAAAUAUGGAAACUGUUUCUCUCUCACGCUGAACCAACGACGAUGACCAAUGAAAUCACAGCAGAGUAUGAAACAUUCAGCUUCUGUUUUUCUUUAUUAUUCAACACUUUACUGUGUUGUUUUGCUCCGCUUGUGUUUUUGAGUAUUUUUGUCUGAGCUCGUCGACGCUUUCUUUGAUCAAUAAAACCAAACAGCCAGUAUUUGAAAGAA